AUGACAUCAGCACCAGAGGCGGCAGACGGGUCGCGAGCAUCGGGCCAUGAUGUUCAUCACGAUGCCUACGCCGUUCCCUUCACUCCGCAACAGAAGAUACUCCAGUCCGACAGGUCCCAUUACGGCCUCAAGGACAGCUACGGCCUUGAGAUAGCCUCGACCCGCCGUAUUGCAAGCUCCCACCCACAUACAGCUUCAGUACCGCCGCGGGGUCCCAGGCCGAGCCCACCGAUGCCUUCGCACCAAGAAGCCCCAAUACAUGUUCCAGAACAGGCAGCUUAUGCACCGAGUCCGCCCUUCCAGCAUCCUCAUUCCCCACCUCAAACGUACGCUCAACCGCAAUUCAUGGAUCCCGAGCAUGGCAGCCCACAGGCGCCGUACCACCACGUCCUCGGCCAGAAAUGGCCUGUUUCCCGGGAGGAGGAACGCUUCUCCCCGGACGGCAGCACGUACGCCUCCCCCUCCCCGCCAGCCAUCGUCAGUCUCGGCCCGGCUCCUCCCAAGAAGCCAUAUAGCAGCGCCAAGGUCUGGAUGAUAUUCUUCUUCACGGCCGCUCUGGUCGUGCUGGCCGUCGGGCUCGGCGUCGGCCUAGGCCUCGGUCUAAGGAGAUCGUCGUCCAGCAACUCUGCGCAGCACACGCAGACAGCAUCGCCCACCUUGCCCGCGGGCAAUGCAAUAACGGCGACGUCGGGCAACCCUGCCAUCGCGACAUCCGGCACGACGGGGACGUCGGCCAACAGCUGCACGUACAAAGACCCCCGUACCUAUGCGGCCAAGGACCAGAAGACACGCUUCACGACCUAUUGCUUCACGGACUGGUACCAAAACGACCCGGCCGCCGACGGCAACGGCCAAGUCAAAGACAUAUCCAAGACCAUCAAGUACACCUUUGAAGACUGCAUGGAGGCGUGCGUGACCUGGAACGCCAACCCGUCGCGGAGCUCGUGGUGCGCCGCCGUCACCUACAACUCGAACCUGACGGAUUACAUCCCAGGGCAGGGUGCAAACUGCUUCCUCAAAGAUAGAAAAGGAGUGGAUGCCCAGGGGACCGCGGAGAGCGCAAGCGCCGCGAUUGUUCCGUAG